UCUCCGCUCUGGGAUUGAUUCUUCUCUCACUAACCAAAGAAAAGAUGCAAACUCUCGAAUAAAUCGCAGGAAACGGAAUCCUAUCCGAGUAGAAGAAAGAAAAAAUGUCAUCAGGUAGCAAUUCGGGAAGCUGUUCAACUCGAUCCAGAAACAACUCUCGGGUUACUUCACAAGUCCUCGCUGAUGCAAAGCUCCACGGGAGUUUCGAGGAAUCGGAGCGUUUAUUCGACUACUCAGCUUCAAUUAACGUGAACAUGCCGACCUCCUCCUCCUACGACAUCCCUUCUUCUUCAGACGUCUCAUCUUACUUACAGAAGAUUCAGAGAGGGAUGUUGAUUCAGCCCUUUGGUUGCUUAAUCGUCGUUGACGACAAAACCCUCAAAGUGAUUGCCUUCAGUGAGAACACGCAAGAGAUGUUGGGUUUGACUCCACAUACUGUGCCUAGCAUCACAGAGCAACGUGAAGCGCUGAGUAUCGGAACUGAUGUGCAAUCUCUGUUUCAGUCUCAAGGCUCUUCUGCUUUACAGAAAGCUGCUGACUUUGGUGAGAUUAGUAUUCUGAAUCCUAUCACGCUUCACUGCAGGACUUCAGGCAAGCCUUUUUAUGCCAUUCUCCAUCGAAUUGAACAAGGUCUCGUUAUCGAUUUGGAGCCAGUCAGUCCUGAUGAGGUCCCAGUCACUGCUGCUGGUGCGUUGAAGUCAUACAAGCUCGCUGCUAAAUCCAUUUCGAGGUUGCAGGCAUUGCCUAGUGGGAAUAUGUCGUUGCUCUGUGACGCUUUGGUCAAGGAAGUUAGUGAGUUAACCGGUUAUGAUAGGGUGAUGGUUUAUAAGUUCCAUGAAGAUGGGCAUGGGGAAGUGAUUGCUGAGUGCUGUAAGGCAGACUUGGAACCUUAUCUUGGGUUGCAUUACUCGGCUACCGAUAUACCACAAGCCUCUAGAUUUCUCUUUAUGAGAAACAAGGUUAGGAUGAUUUGUGAUUGUUCGGCUGCUCCAGUUAAAGUAGUCCAGGACAAGAGUCUCUCACAGCCGGUUACUCUCUCUGGAUCUACUCUGAGAGCUCCUCAUGGCUGUCACGCGCAGUAUAUGAGUAAUAUGGGCUCAGUGGCAUCCCUUGUUAUGUCCGUAACGAUCAAUGGUAGUGAUAGUGAUGAGAUGAACAGAGAUUUGCAGACAGGCAGAACAUUAUGGGGCUUAGUGGUUUGCCAUCACGCAAGUCCUAGGGUCGUCCCGUUUCCUCUGAGAUAUGCCUGUGAAUUCUUGACUCAGGUGUUUGGCGUGCAGAUCAACAAGGAAGCGGAAUCAGCUCUUCUGUUGAAAGAGAAGCGUAUUUUGCAAACUCAGAGUGUGCUAUGUGACAUGCUUUUCCGCAAUGCACCUAUAGGUAUAGUCACUCAGUCUCCAAAUAUAAUGGAUCUUGUUAAAUGUGAUGGAGCAGCUCUUUAUUACAGAGAUAAGCUCUGGGCGUUAGGGGUUACUCCUACAGAGACACAAAUUAGAGAUAUAAUCGAUUGGGUUCUUAAAAGUCAAGGAGGAGGAAACAGUGGCUUUACCACUGAAAGUCUAAUGGAGUCUGGCUAUCCGGAUGCUUCCGUCCUCGGGGAGUCAAUCUGUGGAAUGGCUGCCGUACAUAUUACCCAAAAGGUUUUCCUUUUCUGGUUCCGCUCUGGCACUGCAAAACAGAUCAAGUGGGGUGGUGCAAGACAUGAUCCUGAUGACAGAGAUGGUAAAAGGAUGCAGCAUCCUAGAUCCUCGUUCAAGGCUUUUAUGGAAAUAGUCCGGUGGAAAAGUAUGCCCUGGGAUGACAUGGAAAUGGAUGCUAUCAAUUCUCUGCAGCUGAUCAUAAAAGGCUCAUUGCAAGAGGAGCAUCCAGAGACUGUUGUGGAUGUGCCGCCGUUUGUGGAUAAUAGAGUCCAGAAGGUGGAUGAAAUGUGCGUUAUUGUGAACGAAAUGGUGCGGUUGAUUGACACAGCUGUUGUUCCGAUCUUUGCGGCUGAUGCCUCUGGUGUUAUAAACGGUUGGAAUUCAAAAGCGGCUGAGGUGACUGGGUUGGCUGUUGAACAAGCGAUAGGCAAACCUGUAUCAGAUAUCGUUGAAGAUGAUUCCGCAAUAACCGUUAAGAACAUGUUAGCAUUGGCUCUCCAAGGUAGCGAAGAACGUGGCGCCGAGAUCAGGAUCAGAGCAUUUGGUCCUAAAAGGAAAAGCAGUCCUAUUGAAUUAGUCGUCAACACUUGCUGUAGCAGAGAUACAACGAAUAAUGUUCAUGGUGUGUGCUUCAUUGGACAAGAUGUUACAGGCCAGAAGACGCUUAUUGAGAAGUAUAGCCGCGUGCAAGGAGAUUACGCCAGAAUCAUGUGGAGCCCUUCAACACUAAUCCCACCAAUUUUUAUGACCACUGAGAAUGGGUUAUGCUCAGAGUGGAACGACGCGAUGCAGAAGCUCUCUGGUAUAAGGAGAGAAGAAGCUGUGAAUAAAAUGCUUCUUGGAGAGGUUUUCACCUCAAAUGAUUCAUGCUGUCGACUUCAAGACCAUGACACGUUGACUAAACUCAGAAUAGCUUUAAAUGCUGUGAGUUCUGGCCAGGAUAACAUGGAGAAGCUUUUAUUUGGCUUCUACCAUCGUGAUGGUAGAUUCAUCGAGGCCUUGCUUUCUGCAAACAAAAGAACUGAUAUGGAAGGAAAAGUUACAGGGGUUUUAUGCUUUGUGCAAGUACCUAGUCCAGAACUCCAAUACGUUCUACAGGUUCAGCGAAUAUCAGAGCAGGCAAUGGCCUGCGCUGUGAACAAAAUGGCAUAUCUCCGCCAACAAGUGGAGAAUCCAGAAAAAGCAAUAUCCUUCCUUCAAGAUUUUCUACAUUCAUCUGGAUUAAAUGAAGAACAAAAGCAGCUCUUGAGUACAAGCGUGUCAUGCAGGGAGCAGUUAGCCAAAGUCAUAAGCGACUCAGACAUAGAGGGAAUCGAGGAUGGGUAUGUGCAGCUGGGUUGCAGCGAAUUCAGCCUUGAGGAAUCCCUGGAAGCAGUUGUAAAACAAGUGAUGGAGCUGAGCAUAGAACGUAAAGUGCAGAUCAUCUGCGAUUAUCCUCAAGAAGUUUCGUUAAUGAGACUGUAUGGAGAUUCCUUAAGGCUUCAGCAAAUCCUUUCAGAGACACUCUCAAGCUGCAUACGGUUCACUCCUGCAUUGAAGGGAUUGUGCGUAUCAUUUAAGGUAAUGUCACGGAUAGAAGCUAUAGGGAAAAGAAUGAAGAGAGUAGAGCUAGAGUUCAGGAUAAUACACCCGGCACCGGGACUGCCUGACGAUCUGGUAAGAGAGAUGUUUCAGCCUUUGAGGAAAGAUACAUCAAGGGAAGGAUUGGGACUACACAUAACACAGAAGAUGGUGAAACUCAUGGAGGGAGGAACGUUGAGAUACUUGAGAGAAUCGGAAAUGUCAGCUUUUGUGAUCCUCGCAGAAUUUCCAUUGAUUUGAAUGCAACUCUCCAAGGUCUCAAUAAAUAAAUGAAUAGAUGAUCGGACGUUAUUGGGUUUCACAUAAGUGUAUGUUUUUCUUUUCACAUAAAUGUAUGUUAGUUACUGUAACAUAAAUAUAGGACGUUAAUGUAAUAUACAUAUAGUUUACUCU